AUCGUCUCCUUUGUGAAGACAUUAAAAGAUCAAUAAUGUCCUUUGGCUUGAGCUCCAGGGAUUUAGCAGUAAAUGGACAGAAAAUAUUAAAAUAGUCUCUGUGUCUGUUCGCCCUCUUUGCUUUUAUGAAGGACAUGAGAGGAAGAUGAAGGAAGAAUUCGGACUGGUGUAGCUUCAGGAACUGCCUCUGAAGCAAAUCCAUCAGAUGAUCUCGUUUACAAAAGGUGAACCAUUUCUCUCAGACUCACAUUGGAGGUUUGGAGGGCUGUGAAGCUCCUCCCUUUUCUCCAACACCUCCAACUUCAGACAGAAUAUUGAUGGACCAAAAGAAAAGCUAAAAAGGACACAAGGAAGAGAAGAGAGGCUUUGCUUUAUUUAGAAAAGUAGAAAUAUCUGUUUUCUGUGACUUUCUGGAUCCACUUUUGGAACAAUUGGCUCUAAAAACAUCAGAAUCGACUCUCAGAGUGGGUUUUUGUGCGCCGGCGCUGGUGUUUUCCGUCUCAGAGACAGUGUGAACGUGUAGCGACAGCCGUGAAACCGGCCUCUUCAGGCUUUGACAGGAUCCUGGAUGGAAGCCAAACUUCACAUCAGCUCCGACUCACAACCCUUCGCCAGAAAUGGUCCGAUCUGCCGGGUUCACAGAAAACCACACUGCAUCAGACAGCGGGGAUGUUUUCUGCACCACAGAGCCGGAAAAACAAAUCUAACGAAAUGAGUUUGUGAAGUCAUUCUCAAAUUACUUGAGAUUAUUUUUUGUGCGUAAUUCCAGCUUUUGUUCGAGUUCUUCCAUGUGGAUUUUUUAAAACUUUUAUGUUGUCUUUAAAUCCUUCAGAAUCUUCAUCAAACUCCUGGUGUCCUGCACUCAGGUCCACCACAAAUCCUGAUAAAAAAAUGAUUUAGAUCAAUGUUCUUUGGAGUUUUCAAAAACAACACUUUAAGGCGGCCGUGAAGAUGAAAGAAUACGACUCAAACACCAUCAUGGAGGUCAUGGGACAUCAGGGAGGAAGCUCUGCAGACGUUUACCAAGACGAGCUGCUGCUUCCACACUGAGGUGUUCAGCUGAGAGGACUUUAAGGUUCUGCUCCGUCUGUCAGUGAUCCAUCAAAAGACGUCUGCUCUGCAGCUUUUCUUGUUUUAUUCUGUCAGGAAUUAGAGUUGAGACAUCAGGAGAGUACAUUCUCUACAGAAAGAGCUCUAAGUUUACUGCAAAAACAGUUCAAAAUAUUGAAAAUGUUCUAAUUCAGAUGGAAAACCUACCAAUAGUCUGUGGAGAUCCUCGUGGAUCUGAAGUGUCUGAAGGCCACUUUGGUUUUUGUCUAAACUGUUGAAGAGUUUGAAGAACUUUCAGAUUUGAACUGAAAUCUUCUUCAGACUUUGACCUUAGAGCCCUCCCAGGAAACCAUGGAGCAGUCCUGGAUGCUCCUCGUCCUUUUCUUGGUGUCCAUGGCGCUGCAGACUAUUGGCCAAAGUGGAGAUGAUAAAGGAGGGUCAGGCUUUGACCUCCUCUCAGGAAAUUCCUCGCUGCGUGCUGUCGGCGAUGAGCCUGGCGGCGUGGAAAACGGCCUGGUUGGAGCAGCAUCUCUACCCUCCUCGUCUCUCAGCACUGAGGCUCUGCAGGAACGGUGCUUCAUUCGCUUCAGCACUCGGGCUGCGGCGCCGGCCCAAACGGUUCAGCGAGAGGAGAUGGCCGUCCUGCAGGCCAUUCAGCUCCAAAACAAGGAAGUGAUGGAGCGGUUGGAUCACUUUGUGAAGGCGGAGCUGAGUGAUCAGAGUUAUGAAGACGCGAUAAAGCGAAACAUUGUCGGCAUCCAAGACGACCUCAAAGUCUGCAGCAAAGCGGUGGAGAAGGCUGAGGAGGAUCUGGAGAGGCAGCUAGGAGGAGAAACGCCGGAAUCCAUCACAGUGAUGCAGAAAAUCAGAAAAGGCUCUGCGGCCUUGGAAAGUUUGCUUCAGACUGCAGAGGACGUGGCCAGCAGGUUGGAGGGCUCAUGGCAGAACCUGGAAGCUUCCUUCACCAGGACGAACAUCAGACUCCACCGCUGAAGAUCCGUACCGUGUGUCCACACGGACGUGAACCUUCCCUCAGUCACCUGAUCUUCACAGCAGUGAAACGUUCCAGGCUGAGCUCCUCAUCAGCUGUGAUGUUCAACAGAAACGCUCAGUGGGCAGAAAAAGGCAUUUCCUCUGAACUGUUUCAAAGCCACAACUUCCUACUUUCCAUUCAGGCCUCAUUUGUAGACUCAGGGAGGCCAAACAUGAGCCAGAUGAAUAUUUAUGAAUCCUGGAGGAGGAAAUGGACCGGUACACCGGUUCCAGGGUGAGAAUGGAGGUCAGGAGAGACUCAACAACAUGGAGGGGGGAAGAGCUGCUGCUGGAUUUUUUCCAAACCAAGAAGUUUAAUUAGAAACACAACACCUUGCUGGUUUCAAACAGGAGAAAGUUGUGUGUAAGCAUUUCAGGCUCAUGUUCUGUUUGUCUAGAAUUCAGAUUUUCUGUAACGUUCAUACAAAUAAAGACGUCAAAUGUCGUGUAUGUGUCAGCUUAUCUCUGGGGAAAUAUCCCUUAACAAAAAGUACUACAUCUGAGGUUUAUUUUUAGCAAGUAUACCUGGGUAUGCGCAUACCAAGUGUACUUUGAACCAUACACAGAUAGUGUAAGAAAUAUACUAACUGAAUACUUCUUCAGGCUAAACUGAAACAUUUCAAGUUUACAGAAAGUAGAUAGUUGGCUACAUAAAAAAUAAGCUUCAAGCCUCUUAAUUUUAUUAUAGUCUAUAUACUUAAAGACUUUUUGUAAUAAAAGAAUAGAUAUUUUUGGUGGGGGGUUGAAAUAUCUGUUCUUGAUGGUCACUUUGGGCAAAACACACCACAGAAGUCAAAAAUUCUGACCCCACUGGCAACAAUUCUAUAAAAUAGUUUUUUUUUAAAAAGUCUGUCAGUGGGGACAGAAAAUGGCUGUCAUGGCACCUCUGUCAUCCCCGCCCCUCUGCUCUGCUCCUGACUCCACCAGCUGUGACCAAUUCACCCUCAUCAACUCUGCCCUUCUUAAGGAGACCCAGCUCCACAACUCAUCGCCAGAUCGUUACCCCUUAUGGAUUCCUGCUCGCCAGUGUCACCUGUGUGGAAGUCAGUUCGAGCCCCCCUGCUGUUCUGGAAAUACCACCCUCUGCUAGCCGCGCUACUACCUCCAGCCACGCCUCAAGCUUCGCUCCUCUCUGGAUCACAUUCACGCCAGCAACAUCUUCCUGGAAGGAAAGAAUAAAAACCCUUUCUUACCUCUCA